AUAGUACCAUUUUUUUAGUUAAAUUAGUGAGUUUAAUUAAGGGGUUUAAUGGAGAAAAAGAUAGUUUCAAGCUGGUUUAAUGGGAAAUCGUUGCCAAAAAAUUAUAUAAUUCCUCCAGAAAAAAGACCAGGAGAAAUUUCUUAUCCUGCAUGCGAAAUUCCAGUGAUUGAUCUCUUCAAAGCUAAUGGAAAUGAUCGAAAAGUUGUUGUCGACCAAAUUAUCAAGGCUUGCAAAAAUUUUGGUUUUUUCCAGGUGAUCAACCAUGGAGUUGCAAAAGAAGUAAUGGAAGAUGCUAUGAAGGUGUUUAGGGAAUUUUUUGAGUUACCUUUUGAGGAGAAAUCACAUUUAUAUUCUGAGGAAAGUAAUGUGAAAUGCAGACUUUAUACAAGCAGUUUUGACUACGCAAAUGAAGAAAUUCACUAUUGGAGAGACUGCUUGAAACAUAAUUGUGCUCCUUUAGAAGACUGUAUUGAUUCUUGGCCCCGAAACCCUCCUAGAUACAGGGAGGUGGUUGCGAAAUAUUCUACUCAAGUGCGAGAGCUAGGGUUGAGACUUCUAGACCUAAUAUGUGAAGGUUUAGAGCUAGAAUCUGGAUUUUUUGGAAAUGGUUAUGAUGAGAAUUCUUUUGUGUCAGUGAACCAUUAUCCACCAUGUCCUGAUCCAAGGUUAACUUUAGGGUUACCAAAGCAUUGUGAUCCAAAUGUAAUAACACUUCUUCUUCAAGACACUAUUCCUGGCCUUCAAGUUUGUGUUGACAACAAAUGGCUCCUUGUUAAGCCUUGUCCGGAUGCAUUUGUGGUUAACAUGGGCUACCAAAUGCAGAUUAUUAGUAAUGGAAAGCUGAAAAGUGCAGAACAUAGAGUGGUGACAAAUACACAAAAGGCAAGAACAACUGCAGCAUACUUCAUUUUACCAUCAAAGAAUUGCAUCAUUCAACCUGCUAAAGCUCUUGUUAAAAUGGGUGAUUCACCACUUUAUAAGCAAUUUCAAUAUGCUGAGUUUAUUGAGACUUUUAAAGCUCAUAGUACUUGGGAACCUGCUAAAGUUUUGGAGCUUUUCGAAAAUCAACAGUAAGUAAAUAAAUCGGGAUUAUUAUUUAGUAUGGAGUAUAUAAUUUAGAGAUGAAUUAUUGCAAAUAUUGGUAUGAGUAAGAGUAUUAAGUAACUAUGAGUACUUAUGUACGGAGUAUGUAAUUUUAGACCUUUCAAUCAGUUAUAUAAUUAAUACUUUCUCCAUUUCAAAAUACAUGCACUUUUCUAACAA